CAGGGCACUAGCCACUGCAGAAUCACUAGCCACAUGUCCUCAGACAGUACCGGUACAGACAGUUUCUCCCAGUCCUCCUCUUCAGUCCCAGAUGGGAUGUCCAUAAACUGGCUUACCAUCUGACAGCUAUGGUCGGUGGUCUUGGGCAAAAGUCGCAUGAGCAAGGAGACCCUGGAGCGAAACCACUCCUGAGGAUCUUGCCUACUGGACCGGCCCAUCAGGUCUUACGAAUGUUCAGGAACAGAACCGUCUACUCCAAUGUUGUGAACGACGGUAUCGUGCCGCUGCGGACAAGCUGUCUUCUGUUCCUUGACUGGAGAGGUCUUGGAAGGGUUGAAAAAGCUAGGCGAGAGAAUGGUCUUAUUGGGACCAUGGUUGGAUGGGGUUGGGUUCAAAUGACGGGGCAGAAUUCGUCUCCAAAUCCAUCACGGGUUGCUAGCAAUAAGGGCGACAACAAACAAACCGAGUCUCCGAAUGCUUACGAGAACGAUACCACGGUUCCGCAACCUGGGGCUGACGUCACUAAUGAAGACGAUGAAGCACAAGGGCGUGCUUCAAUGGAGCCUUCCCACUACCAGUUCCUCGACGUGCAAAAGCGCGAUGCUCCUACCGUCGGUUUUUUAUCGCAAGAGUCGACGCUUAUGACAUUAUGGAGCUACAUAAGGCCAUCAGGAAAGCACACAAGUAAGGACAAGAAGAUGUUCAAGAGAAGUCAAACCAUGAGGUUGGAGCCGGAGGAGCACAGCAGUGACACGGUGGAACCGUCUUCAUCGCAAGAGAACGGCUCAGCGCGCAAGAGACCUGCAGCUACUCGCGGGGACUCAAUCGAUGAUCCCUCAAGAGUGUCGGCACCGCCAAAAACAACCAUAUUCGAGUCUGCAGGCGACCUUCUCAAUCCUCCUGUUCCUCCGACUUCAUGGAUCAUCGACCCCUCCACACGGGCGCGUACCAUCUUUCAUGACCGCAUCUAUCACCCAGAGGAUAUUCCUCCGCCACCUUCAAAACGGCCCAAGAUGGGACGAUCCGUCUCGAGCGAGAACAGUGCAGGGUCUCAACUGUCAGACACCAGUACCGAGGAAGGUGGUAUGCGGGUUGAAGAAAAGAUUGCUCGCGCCUAUCACAAGGACCUAUCUUGGCGAAAAGUCCUAGUCAGGCUUGAGCCUGAUGCGCAUAACAACAUCGUGGUGCGGCGGAUGUUUGCGAACGCCUACGGUUGGCCUGUGGUUAAGCAUCUGUGCGAUACCCAUUUUGCGGACACUCACACAGCGGAGACCCCCGAUGAGUUUGAAUCAGCACAAGAAAGAGCUAAGCCAAUGGAUGAACCAGUUAAAUAAAACGGAGAGCAUGUCAAAGGGCAGGAAGACUCAAAGGCUCCAGUCGUCCCCACUGAGAAUGACUCUAGAGAGUCGGCUGAUGAGCUCUCGCCGCUGCAAACAAGUGGGAAGCGUCCUCAGAGGUUACCAACGAGCCAUUCUAUUCUCAGCAAAGACUCUGCACAGUGGGAUGACAGGUAUUUCGAAGGCACCUCGGACGAAGAUGAAGAAUAUGAUGGCGACCG